GUGUGUGUCCUCCCCACAAAAAAAGCUGAGAAACUCAGCCUAAGAUGCAGGCAGCCACAGAGAGGGGCAUUGUUUGACUUGGCUGUGAGCCAGGCAGGUGGGACUUUAUAAGAGCUGCCCUUGGGCGUUCCACACUUGUAUAAGAGGCACAGUUUGGGUCAGAUUUGUCCUGCCGCUGGCCCACUGAAGAUAAAAUGAUGAGCGAGGAGAAGCCCCCCGAAUCGUGGCCAGCAGGACUGCAUCUCAAAAGCCCUCCCUAUACUCUCCAUUCUGGCCUUGAGCUGGCUGAACCUCCUGUGGCUUCGAACCGCAAGCUGGUGAUCCUGAUGGCUGGGGCUGUGUCUGCGCUUACCAUCAGCAUCGUGGGGGUCCUGGUGGCAACGCACCUGGGCCGAGCAGCCUGCCUCCAGAGAGACGCCUUCAGCUUCCUGCCACCUCAAGUCAACGUCCAGAAUGAAGCGUCACUGUUGCUGGCUCUCAGCGAACUGGGAGACCAGGGGGUGGCACCGGGGAUCACCUGCGAUUUAAGAAAUCACCUGAUGGUGUAUCAUGGCCAACCAGAAGGGUGUGUGACACGCAAGAUGGAGGCAUCUGAACCACUACCGUCGUGCCAGGAACUGGAGAGCUACUUCCAAGCUGUCUUGAAAAAUGCCACGCUGGGGAUCACUUCGGAGGUGCAGAUUGUGGGAACCGGCUCUCUGGGCAGCCUCACCACUUUGCUGUGCAGCAAUAAGCCUACCUACCUGGUCAACAGUUUUGCACCUUCUCCAAGGCAGCCCAUGAGCAGACUUUCUUAGAAAGAGCUGGAAAGUGAUGCAGAACGUCGCUAACCUUUCCCCCUCUCUUGCCGCACCCCCUGGACACAUAACAAAAAAAAAUCCCUUGUGCAAUUCCGCCAUAGCAAAGGAGGCUAAGAUACUCUUUCCCUACACCUCAAAUGUGUGUGUAACUUGCCCCCCUUCUGCUCCUUUGUAAUAACCAAAUCAGUAGCAAUCAUCA